GUGACUGUUCCCACGCGGUGCUUCCCGGUUGUGCCACGGCUGGGCUGGCUGGCUGAGGAGCCAUCAGUGUGUCCUGGCAGGAGGCGUUUCCCAGCCCCACGCUGGCCCUGGGCCAAGCUCCGAAAUGAGACGCCUUGCACCACACCGCAGCUGCCGGCGCGCUGGGAGCUCCCACUCACACCUCCCCGCCGUAUAAAACCCCGGCGCGCCGCAGCCCGCGCACACCCGGGAGAGCCCGUGGAGCAGCUCCUCAAGACCCCACUGGAGAGGACGGCUCCACCACUGCUGCCACCGAGGACUCCAUCCCAGCCAGGAGCAGCAUGGGCCAAUGCAACUGCCGCAAGAAGCGCAAGGACUGCCAGGAGCUCACUGAUGUGGAACGAGCCAUCGAGACCGUCAUCAACCAAUUCCACUGCUAUGCAGUGAAGGGACAGAAGGAGUAUCUGACACCCAACGAGAUGCAGGAGCUGGUGGUGCAGAAGCUGCCCCACCUGGGCAAGUGCGUUGGACCACUGGAAGAGAAGAUCGAAUGCAUGGGAGAUCCUGAUGAGGCCAAGUUGGAGUUUGGAGAAUACUGGGACAUGAUGGGGGACGCGGCCAAGGGCUGCAGGAGAAAGUAG